AUGAAAGCGGCGGUGAGGAUGGUGACUCGCAGCCAAAGCCAAGCAACUGGCUUUGGGUCGCUGGGAAAUGGGGAAGAGCCCCCUCCGCCUGGGAACCGAGAGGUGGCUGCAGGUAAAGGAAGAAAAAAACACAGGCCUGUGAAACGACAGCGGAAGGUGCAGAAACUGCACGUGGCCUAUGAGGCCUCAGAUGGUGAGAAAAAUGAGGGGACUGACCCCCUUGAGGUGACAGUUUGGGAGCCACGGGACUGGAAGCAGGAGCUAGCCAAUAUCCGCACCAUGAGAAGCAGGAAGGAUGCGCCUGUGGACCAACUAGGGGCUGAGCACUGCUAUGACUCCAGUGCCCCACCCAAGGUACAAAGAUACCAGGUGCUGCUAGCUCUGAUGCUUUCCAGCCAGACCAAAGACCAGGUGACAGCAGGCGCCAUGCAGCGACUUCGGGCCCGGGGUCUGACAGUAGACAGCAUCCUGCAGACAGAUGACAACACGCUAGCAGUGGACACACACGUGCACAGAAUUGCUAAUCGACUGAGGUGGACCAAGAGAAUGACCAGAUCCCCUGAGGAGACCUGCAUUGCCCUAGAAGAGUGGCUGCCCAGGGAGCUAUGGAGUGAGGUCAACGGGCUAUUGGUGGGCUUUGGCCAGCAGAUCUGCCUGCCCGUCCAUCCUCGCUGCCAGACUUGCCUCAACAAGACCCUUUGUCCUUCUGCCCAGAGCUUCUAAGGGCCAUGAGGCUUCAGCUUGGGUCCUGUUGUUGCUGUUACCUAUGAAGUGCCUUUGGGGAGGGGGUCACAACCUGUGUAAUAAAGCUUGGGGAU